CUCAUUUUGUUCCCCCGAGUUUAAACAUUUUUUUUUUCUCUUUCUUCUCUCUCAUUUCCUUGAUUAUCUCCAAACAAACACGCUCCCACUCGCAUCCUCUUUCUCUCUCAUCUUCCUUUCUUCUCUUCCCCCUAAAACUACCAAUUUCUCCUCUCUUCCUCCCUUCCCUUCCUCGUCGGAUUAAUCCAAUCGGCCGCCGCCGUCGUCCGAUACAAUUAAACUGACCACCGCCAAAACUCCUCCGGCGAUCGGUGCCGAAUGACUCCUCAUCCCAAUUCGGGCACGCUCAAUUUCCUCGGCAGCUCGAUUGGAAACUCGGUACAAUUGCUCCUUCAAUCCUCCUUCUCUUAGAUCCCUAAUUGUAUAUGUCCCUCCUCCCAAAUUGGAUCUUUCAAGUAGUUGAUUGAAUCAUAGGGAAAAGAGAAAGCUUGUUUCCCUUCCCGUUCAUGGCGCCUCGAUAAACGGCCGUCCUUCCGAUCACCGCCUGAGCUGAAAAGGGAUAGGGGGAAAAGGAGUCGGCUUGCUGGUUUUCUGUUUUGAAAUAUUAGGGUUAGGGUUGUAUUGGCGGAGGGAUGUUUAAGAAGAUCAUUAAAGGCGGGCGGAAGCCAUCGAAGUCGGACGACGGGUUUGGGAACGCGGGGCACCACCGGACCGGGUCGGGUCCUGGCAAUGUGGUGGUUAACCACGCUUCGCGGGGUGGUACCGGGGCGGCGGUCUCCACGCCGGCUUCUCCGGCGGUGACGAACCCGCCGCCUAUGCAAUCCGUGGAGCCUCUCCCGCUCUUCAGGGACGUCCCCGUGUCGGAGCGGCAGAAUUUGUUCCUCCGGAAGCUCCAGAUUUGCUGCUUCCAGUUCGAUUUCGGGGACACUUUGAAAUCGGUCAGGGAGAAGGAAAUCAAGAGGCAGACUUUGCUGGAGCUUGUGGAUUUCAUUCAGUCUGGGUCGGGCAAGAUCAAUGAGAACUGCCAGGAAGAAAUGAUUAGGAUGGUCUCUGUGAAUAUCUUUAGAAGCUUGCCGCCCAAUUCCCACGAGAGCACGGGGCAGGAGCCUGCUGAUCCUGAAGAAGAGGAACCAUAUUUGGAGCCUUCAUGGCCUCAUUUGCAGCUUGUUUAUGAAAUCGUGUUGAGAUACGUCGUCUCUUCAGAUACAGACACCAAGGUUGCAAAGAGGUAUAUUGAUCAUUCAUUCGUAUUGAAAUUGCUGGACUUGUUCGACUCUGAGGAUCCGAGGGAACGGGAGUAUUUGAAAACUAUCCUUCAUAGGAUAUAUGGGAAGUUCAUGGUGCAUCGGCCCUUUAUUAGAAAGGCGAUAAACAACAUCUUCUACCGGUUUGUAUAUGAGACAGACAGGCACAGUGGAAUCGGGGAGCUUCUUGAGAUCUUGGGGAGUAUUAUAAACGGCUUUGCCCUGCCGAUGAAGGAGGAGCAUAAGCUAUUCCUUGUUAGGGCACUUAUACCACUACAUAAACCGAAGGCGAUAUCUAUAUACCAUCAACAGCUUUCUUACUGCAUCACUCAGUUUGUUGAGAAGGAUUACAAGCUGGCGGAUACGGUUAUAAGGGGUUUAUUGAAGUAUUGGCCAGUGACCAAUUGCCAGAAGGAAGUUCUGUUCCUAGGUGAACUCGAAGAAGUGCUUGAGGCAACUCAACCUGCAGAAUUUCAGCGUUGUAUGGUUCCUCUGUUCAGACAGAUUGGUCGUUGCUUGACUAGUUCACAUUUUCAGGUUGUCGCAGAGAGAGCACUGUUCUUGUGGAACAACGAGCACAUUGUGGGGCUAAUCGCACAGAAUCGAGGCGUGGUACUACCGAUCCUCUUCGAUGCAUUGGAGAAGAACAUCCAGACACAUUGGAACCAGGCAGUCCACGGGUUGACAGUUAACGUCCGGAAGAUGUUCCUGGAGAUGGACGCCGAGUUGUUCGAGGAAUGCCAGAGGCAGUACGAGGAGAAGGAGUCGAGGGCGCAGGAAGUGGAAGAGCAGCGGGAGAUGACGUGGAAGAGACUCGCUGACGUGGCUGACAAGCGAGACGACAUGAUCACUGCUUGACACGUCAGCCAAGGAAGAUUCCUCUCCUCUCUCCAGUAGGGAAUGGAGGGAAGAGAUGGGCGAUUAAUGGAGUGCUCAUCUCAUACCCCCAUUUUUAUCAUGCCCUAUUCUUUUUUCCUUCUUCUUUGCAGAAUCUAUUUUUUAACCCCCCUCUAUUUUUGUAUUUUUUUUGGUUGAUCUUCAAAGUCAAUUUUUAAAAGAUGUCAAAAUUACAAGAAAAGCAGCCUUAGCAGUAAAAAUUGUAAUUUUAAAAAAGUGUUGUUUAGUAAUAUGCCUGCUGCUACAUCCAUCCAGAAUCAUAUCUCCUGGGUGAGCUUUUGGUUUUUUUUAAUUUUUUUGUUAAUUUAGUUUUAGUUACCUUUUCUUUACUUCCAGAUUUUAUUUAUUGGGGGGUUUCUUUUCUUUUAAUCAGACUAGUAAAUUUACUGAACUUUAACUCAGCUGUUUCCACUCAUAUAUGUAAUGUUGUUGCUCAAUUUUUGUUUGGGUUAUAUGAGUGAAUUUGCUUCUUUGGCUGUCCAUAAGCUCUCUAUAUAGUUGUUUGUU